UUCAGUCUUGCUUCAUAAAAUUUCAUAUUUCAUAUUUGAAAAAACGUUGGAAAAUGGUUAUCUGGCAACUCUGCGCGUAGUGUGACCACAUUUGGUUGAGCCGAUAUAGGGUGUGGUAUUUGCAGCUACGCACCGCACGCCACACCAAUCCCAUUGUUUUGUUUUGUCGGCCGAUUUCAGCCGUAUAUAUAUCUGCGUAUAUAUCGCUCGAUUCCGGCUGAAGUACGCACUAUGGCCUUCCUGUACCUACUGGGCUGGGUCUCGAUGGGCAUACAGAUCGUGUUCCUGACCCUAUCAAUUGUGGCUGGUCUGUAUUAUCUGGCGGAAUUGGCCGAGGAGUACACGACGGCGGCGAGGAAGUGCAUCCUCUUCCUGAUCAGCUUCACAAUCUUCGUCUACAUCCUGCUGAUGCUGUUCGAGGACCUGCCGUGGAGCCUCAUAAUCUGCGGACUGGUGGCGCAGGGCUUCCACCUGGGGAUCAUGGGUGGAUUCCCCUUCGUGCGCCUGCUCUCGCUGCCGCUGCUGGGCUCCUUGGCCAUGCUGGUGGCCAAUCACUUCCUGGCCUUCCAGCACUUCACUUCCGUCUACGUGCCUUUCACGCAGGUGCUGGCUUACUUCACAAUCUGCCUGUGGAUCGUGCCCUUCGCCCUGUUCGUCUCGCUGAGUGCGAAUGACAGUGUCCUGCCCACCACCGUCAGCGAUCAGAGCCGGCGCAGUCCGGAUGUGGUCAGCAAUUACUUCUCGCGGAACAAGAAGCAGGGCCUGCUGUCCCUGUUCCAGUAUCUGAAAGAGGCCCUGCUCCCUGGGCGGACCAAGAAGGCCUUCUAGGCGUAGUUUAUUUAAUGUUUAUUUAUUAUUUUUGUGGCAGCAAUCGAGACAAAAGUAUACAAAGCGCAUGUGAACUACGUUUAUGCAUUGACA